AUGAAUCACAUUUCGCAUACCGAUUACCCACCGGAGUUGUCUAAACAGGAGGAGCAGUAUUUGCUGUCCAAUCUCAAGGACUGGUCGAUAGCUCAUGGCCUAGCGGUUCGCCCGGCUCCGUCAUUCGUCCAGCCAUCGCAGGAUCCGUCUGGGGUACUCGCAAGCACAGCACCAGUCACUUUGUUUCCAAGCUUGUUCCCACGCUCCUGCUUCGAGCAGGGACUUUCCAUACAAAAGGCUUACAACGAGUUGUACUCAGCCAUUGCUAGAGACGAGUCAUGGCUGAAGAGCAUUGUAGAGGAGCUUGUACGUGUUGACGACUUCGUUGCAAAGCUAUGGCAGACCCAUCUUGAAGUCAAGAAGGAAGGCUACGUGCAAGACCUCUCCUUGGGACUUUUCCGCUCAGACUACAUGGUACAUCAAGACCCUUCGCAGUCCAAUCCGUCAUCCGGCCUGAAACAGGUCGAGUUCAACACUAUUGCAUCCUCGUUUGGCGGGCUAUCCUCCCAAGUUUCCGCAUUACAUAAAUACCUACUCACCGUCGACGCUUACCCAGACUCGACACUGUCCAUUAUAAAGCACGAGGCUUUGCGACAGAGCCAAUCUGCUUCUUCCUUGGCAAAGGGCCUCGCUGCUGCACACAAGGCAUACGGAUCUUCGCGCACUAAACGUCCUCUCUGUGUGUUGUUCAUUGUACAAGACCCGGAGAGGAACGUGUUUGAUCAGAGACAUCUCGAAUACGCCUUGCUUGAAGAGAAUGGGGUCCGCGCCUUCCGAUUAUCGUUCGGCGAGACAUUGUCUCACACACAGCUCGACACAGACCGUACCUUGGUCUAUACACCACCAAAUUCGCCCUCGAAAUCAUACGAGGUAACGACCAUUUACUUCCGAGCAGGGUACUCACCGGAUGAUUACACAAAAGAUGAAGACUGGGAUGCCCGUGUUCAGCUUGAAAAAAGCCGUGCCAUCAAGUGUCCGAGCGUCAUGACACAGCUCGCUGGCUGCAAGAAGGUUCAGCAAGUGCUUGCUACACCACAUUCGCCGCACCUCAAGCGAUUCCUUCCCGAUGAAAAGGUCGCUUCACGUGUGCUGGAAACCUUUGCCCCAAUCUACCCGCUCGAUAAUAGCGAGGCUGGCGAAGAAGCAAAGAAGCUUGCGACAGAGGCCUCGUCGGCCACAAAGUAUGUGCUGAAACCUCAACGAGAAGGAGGCGGAAACAACAUCUACCGGAAGGCCAUUCCACCAUUCCUACAGAAGUUGCCCGAAACCCAUUGGCCGGCGUACAUUCUGAUGGAGAUGAUCGAGCCGCCUCCACUGACAAAUGCCAUUCUUCGGAACGGUGAAUUACAAAGGGGUGGCGUCAUUUGCGAACUUGGAGUAUAUGGUGUAUGUCUGUGGAGGAAUGGAAGUGGAGCUGAGAAAAAGGGCGAAAUAUUGGAGAAUUGGGAGGCUGGAUAUCUUCUCCGCACCAAAGGUGACCAGAGCGAGGAGGGUGGUGUGGCAGCGGGUUUCGGAGCGGUGGACAGCUUAUGUUUAGUGGACGGAUGA